AUGAUUUUUUCACUCAUUUUAUGGCCAUUUAUCCUCUAUGUAUUUUGGGAGAUAAUAUUAAAGCCUUAUUACUACUAUUGGUACUAUACAAGUUAAGGUAUCAUAUCUAUUUGUGUACCUAAACCUCUGAUAUUUAACCUGUUGAUCCUAAAGAAAAUAUUAAAGAAUCGUUAUGAGUAUUCUGAGCAAAUUUUAUAUGAGUACUAUCUCAAAUAUUUUUAAAAUGGUGAGAUACCAAGUAUUUUCAUUGAUUUCAGAGCAGCUACAGGUUAGUUAGUUAUAAGUGAUCCAGAUAUUUUGCAAGAAAUUUUUGUGACAAAAGGGAAAUAUGUUGAUAAGCUUUAUCGCGUUUAGAAAGUUUUUUAUGGUCUGACUGGCGAGUCUGUUUUGUUUGAAAAGACUACAGAGAGACAAGCCACCAAAAGAAAACACCUUUCAGCUGCAUUUUAUAAAGAUAAAAUGUCUUCUAAUCUAAAAGUUAUCAUCAGAAAGACUUAUGCUUGGAUAGAAAGAUUAAAAAUUGAAAUUAAGAACGGAAAUAAUGAAAGAGAGCUUAAUUCAAUGAUAAAUCAAGUUAUUCAAGACUCAAUUUUGAUUAGUAUUUUUGGGGAGACAUCUCUAAAAUAAACUAUGCCAUUCAUAUAAGAUGAUGAAGUUGUUGAAAUUUCAUUAGGUUUCGCUGCUGCCAAUCUCUUUUAAGCUUUGACAAUUAAAGCAAUCACUCCCUUGAGAACAUUCGUUUCAUUCCUAGAUUAGUAUAGUAUCGGUAAGUCUGAGAGGACCCUAUAGAAGAACCAGUAAACUUUUAGAGAAUACUUGCAGAAAUUAAUAAAUGAAAGAAAAGUGAAGAUGCAAGAUCCUAACUAUGUGAGUGCUGAUUUUCUCACAAUGCUCUUGACUGAUGAUCUUUUCAAAAAUGAUGAGAAUUUAAUGAAAGAUGAGCUUGCAACCUUCAUGACUGCAUCUAUUUUGACAACUACAGCCUUGAUAACCAACACCCUAUAUUACUAUGAAUUUUAACCUGAAGUCAAGCAAAAACUCAGAAAAGAAAUAUCAGCAAUUAUGAGUCCAGAUAGAAGCAAUCCAGCACCAUUUGAAAAUCUUAAACUAUCUCCUGAACUUUGGAUUGAGAAACUAAGUUAUGAAUAACUGUAAGAAGAUUGGAAAUAUCUCUACUUAGCAAUCUAAGAGUCAUUGAGAAUUGAACCACCAAUUAGAUCUUCAACUCCUAUGUAGUUAUGUAAAACAAUGAAAUUGGGAAAUUAUACUGUUGAUCAAAAUACAUCAAUCGCUGUAAAUUUCUAUUUACUCCACAGAAACCCCAAGGAAUGGCAAGAACCAUCAAAAUUCAUUCCAGAAAGAUUUGAUCCAUAAAGUCCGUACUACCUAACCCCUGACGGAAAAAAGAGAAAACAAUGCAGCUAUAGUCCAUUUUUGGGCGGUAGAAGAAUAUGCUUGGGGAAAACUUUUGCUGAGAAUAUUGCUAAAUGCAUCAUCCCUAUCAUUAUUUCAGAGUUAGAUAUCAAGUUUAAAAAAGACUAUCAUUAUGAAAAAAAGCCACCCAAGUACUAUUCUGCUGAGAUUAAUGUUCCAAUUGUUUUAUCUACUAUCUAAAAUGACUGA